GGGUCCCGAAAAUGGCCACGAGCGACGACGAACAUUUCCAUCUGUACGAGGUGUUUCAGAACUGCUUCAACAAAAUCGCCAACAAGCAGCCGCCUGAAAAAGCGGGCUACCAGUCACCAUAUGGCGGCAUGGACAAUGGCGUGUACGCACCCGAGGAGUACACCCACGAGAGUCCGGUUUCCGGCGGUCAACGCUACACGUCACCAAAGACCGGAGGCGGAGCGCUGUACCAGGCGGAGGCGUACUACGAUUCGCCGGGCGGAUCGUGGUACCCGGCGUCGUCGAGCGGGGCGUACGCUCCGCACUCCGGGACCGGCUACCACAACGUUGGCCACGGGGCUCACCUCGGCGGUGGAGCCGGUGGACCGCAGCAUAACCAUGACCAGUAUGCCAUGUCCCCGGUCGGUGUGCCGCACAUGGACGGUUCCCAUCUGGCGCAGAACCAAACGCAAACACUUCCACCGAUGAGCACGUUCCGAGGCAAUACCGCACAGAUACCGCCCAUCGGUACGCAGGGCCAAAACUCACCCGCAAUCUACAACGCAAUCGCUGCCGGCCACCACAACCAGCAUGCGCAGCAUAGUCCAAUUGUACAAAACGACACCCUGGUCGGAAAGGCGCUGCAAACGAUGUACCCAACUGACCAAAGCAUAAGCAGUUACGGCUCCAACCCGAACACACCAGUGAACUCACCUCCACCACUAACGUCCCAGCAACAGCAGCAGCAACAGCAGCAACAGCAACAGCAGCAACAGCAACAGCAACAACAAGUCCAGCAGCAGAACCAGCAAACAACGCAGCAAAGUAUUCAUGUCGGUGGUGCGGUGGGGCCCGGAGCGGCUAGUGCCGCACCCGGCGGAGGUCCCACUUCCGUCAGCGCUGCCACGGUGGCCGCAGCAGCGGCUGGGGGCGUGGGGGCCAGCACCUGGCAGCAGAUGAACCCAGUGAUCAACAGUAACGGUGGACCGGUGACCGGUCUCAACAGUCUCCCGAACGGUUCCUACGCUCCCGAGCUAGUGCACCGGGGACUCCCGCACAUGGCCAACUCGCCCGAGAUACAACCGCUGGACGAGGCGAUCGUGUCGUUACUAAGAGAGCAUGAAAGUGUUACGUCCUUGCAGGGUUCGCGCAUGGAGGAGCGGUUGGAUGAUGCCAUCAACAUACUGCGGAACCAUUGCGAGCCGCAGGUCGGCGUGUCGCUCUCGUCGAUCGAUCCCGCAGCGACCGCCUCGCCAUACACGGCCGGUGGUGCCGGCCCGAUCAUUCCACCUUCCGCCCAGCUCCAGCACGACGCACCGUCCGAGCUGUCCAGCAUCCCAGUGAAAUCGGAAAGACUACCAAUCAACGCACCGGCGUCGGUGAACAACAUCUAUCAUUUAUCCUCAGAGAAACGCAAAGAACCGCCAGACUCCGACACCAAACCGAGCAGCUCGGUGCAGGGGCCAGCGAAGGGAGCGAAGCGGCAGCGCAAGUAUAGUAAAACCUCGCGCAGUUGUUCCAGCGCCGAUGACGACGACGACGAUGAUGAUUUGGAUCCGGUGACUAAAGAUCGAAAGGAGAGAGAGCGAAGACAGGCGAAUAACGCUCGGGAAAGAAUACGCAUUCGGGAUAUUAAUGAGGCACUGAAAGAGUUGGGCCGUAUGUGCAUGUCUCACUUGAAGUCGGACAAACCACAGACCAAGCUGGGCAUACUGAACAUGGCCGUGGAAGUGAUAAUGACCCUCGAGCAGCAAGUGCGAGAACGCAAUCUGAACCCAAAAGCGGCUUGUUUGAAGCGACGGGAAGAGGAAAAGGCUGAGGAUGGUCCGAAGCUACCUCCGCAUAUCCUACAUCAAUCAGCAUACCCGUCGCUCCCUGGUGCACCGCCAAGCCUACCGCACAGUGGACCACCACAAUAGCAUACCAAUUUUACCUGUUUCAUUCGAAGAUAACAACGCACACACGCGCACACUCUCACAAAACCAACAUAGCCUAGUUCAGUCAUAGCUACGGACAUUGCUAGCUAAAAAAAAGGCCACAGUCAAUGCAAACCAAACCGUCACACGCCGCACGGCGCAGGGCAACAGCUUGGACAAGUCCGAGAUCGUUGCACGGCGGUGCAUAUCGGGAAACAUUGAAAUCAGCGUCAGCAUGGAUCGCUAGUUAAAAAGAUAAACCGAAGAACCGAAAAAUCCCUUCGCUGCCGGUAGCCAGAAGAACAAGAGCACAAUGUGUACAUAUUUACCGGAGGGAGUAAGAAUGCUAUGUCUAUAAGUAGAACAAAACAAUCGGCGGGAGAGAACAUUAUGACGUUUGUGUUUGCUUCGUGAUGGUGGACACAGUCACAGCCCCGAGCCCCCCGGCGGAGAGGUUCUGGAAGCAACCGCCCGAAAGAGAGUGAUAGGAAACGCACGUGUAAAGAAACUAUAAAAACGCUCAAACCGUUUCAAGGAACACUGGUAGUUCGUACCGCGGAUAGAGCUGCAGGAGAACUUGUGUACGUUUUAGGUGAAUGCAUUAGGCUAGGGAGAUUUUAAGAGGUCGCUGUGGUCUGUACAUCCACUAUGGCGAACAUCGAACGACCGAGAUCCUUCUAUCAGCAAACAGGCGAUCGGCAAAAAACAUUUUGUUAUUGAUAUAAGCGCAACCGCGGGCGACCGACCGGCAUGAUAUGCUGAAU